AUGGUAGAAAUGUCCUCCGGUCCAGAAAAUUCCAACAAUGAUCGUCAGAGUAUUAUUGACCGGAUUGUUGAAGGUUGUCAUCUUAUGGUUCGCAUGACAACACAGAAUGAAUAUCGUGAAGCGGAGAUUAUUUCAGUCAAAAAGAAUGAAGAAAGGCAGCAGUUUUAUGUACAUUACAUUGAAUGCAAUAGAAGAUUGGAUGAAUGGGUAGGGGUAGAGCAUCUAGAUCUAUCUACACUACGAAUGCCUCAAAAGUCCUACAAAAAGAAUAGCCAUCAUUACAUUAACGACAAUGGUUCUCCUGAAAGAGAAGUGAUUCGAAAAAAUGGACCGGGGCGAAAGCGGAUCCGUCCUUAUCCUGAGAACAUCAGUAAUGGAGUUUCUACAGAAGAAACAGAAAAUACUAGUACCAAUAGCACCAGUGCGAUCGUUACCCCCAACAAUUUGAAUAAUAUCAACGGUAAUAAUAACAAUAAUAAUGCAGCUGGUGCUCCAUCACUCAGAGGUUCUAUGUCCUUGGUUGGACACAGUGAAGAUGCAUUAACGCGAAUAAGAAACAUAGAAAUGAUUGAAUUAGGAAGGAACCGUAUACAACCUUGGUACUUCUCUCCAUAUCCUCAACAGCUAACUCAUUUAUCAUGUAUAUACAUUUGUGAAUUUUGUUUGAAAUAUGUAAAAAGUGAAACUUGCCUCAAACGACACAUGACGAAAUGCCAUUUGAAACAUCCUCCGGGAAAUGAAAUUUAUCGAAAUGCUAAUUUAUCCUUUUUCGAAAUUGAUGGAAGAAAGAACAAGACUUACGCCCAAAAUCUCUGCUUAUUAGCCAAACUGUUUCUGGACCACAAAACCUUAUAUUACGACACGGAUCCUUUUUUGUUUUAUGUGAUGGCUGAAAAAGAUGAACGUGGUUUUCAUAUUGUUGGGUAUUUCUCUAAGGAAAAGGAAUCAGCUGAAGAGUAUAACGUAGCUUGUAUUUUAGUGUUACCACCUUAUCAAAAGAAGGGAUAUGGACGUUUAUUAAUUGAAUUCAGUUAUGAAUUGUCGAAGGUAGAACAAAAAACGGGAUCGCCUGAAAAACCAUUAUCUGACUUGGGAUUGUUAUCGUAUAGAAGUUUCUGGUCUGCAAUCAUAAUCGAAAAGCUAAUGAAAUUCAAAGAAGAGCAAAAAGUGGGGGAAGAGAAUGCCUUGUCUGUUUUAGAUUUAUCACAGUUGACGUCAAUCCGUAAAGAGGAUGUGAUAUCAACCUUACAACAAUUAAACUUGUACAAGUAUUACAAAGGACAGUAUGUGAUAGCUUUAACCGAAGAAUUGAGAGAAGCUUAUCAAAGAUCUGUAUCAAAAGUUAAAACAAGAAUUGAUCCAGCAAAGCUUCGUUGGCAGCCCAAAGACUGGGGCCGAAAACGCGUAUGA